CGCAGAGACCUGAACACCCGGCUUCUCGCUCGCGCUGCUCACCCGGCGCCGCUUUUGAUCUACGAUUCGAGUCGCAUUCUCCCAGCUUCCUAACACUACUACACGAUGGGCGGUGGCAUUGCUGACAUCGAGCCCGAGUCUGAUGGCGAGAAGCCCCCGGAAGGUUCCUUUGCCGCUGUAACACCUGGCCGCGUCGGCCUCAAGAAGUGCGAGUCGUUCUCGGACUCGGGCUGCGAGUCACCUGGCAACUGCAAGGAUGGCUGCGACUCGAGCCCGCAGUCCAACAGCUCGUGCGACAACAAGAAGUUUGUCUGUCCCGUGCAGGGCUGCGGUCGCAUCUUUUGCUCGUCGAGCAACCUCGGUCGCCACGUCAAGGCGCACUCGGGCCUCAAGCCUUUUGCGUGCUGCAAGUGCUCCAAGCGCUUUGGUCGUGCCUUCACCCUUGCGCGCCACGAGAUCACGCACACGGGCCAGAAGCCCUACCACUGCGAGAUCUGUAACAAGGGCUUUAACACGUCGGGAAACCUCUGCCGUCAUCGCCAUAUCCACGAGAAGGAGAAGAACCAGGGCGUCCCUCCUGUGCGCCGCGCCAAGAAGCGCAAGAGCGUGAAUGGCAUCGACGACCCGUCCAAGAUGGCGCGCAGCGAGAACGACUCGGACUCGGACAACACCGACAUGCUCGACGCCAUCAAGGGCGAAGACGCGUCCAUGGUUGACGUGCUCGUCAACAACCUGUACAACCAGGUCGGCGAGUCGAGCGAGUUCGACAUGGAGCCGGCGCCGCUCAGCGGUCCCUCCGACGCGGGUAUGGAGACGGAUACCGACAACCUCACGGACGUCUUUUCGGACUUCGAGAUGGACGCCGAGGCGCGCCAGAACGCAAGUGCCAACUCGACGGUCGCUACGCCUAGCGUGCCCCUCUCGAACCCUGCCCAGGUUGCGUACAGCGCGUGCCUCCAAAUGGAGACGGCGCUCAAGUGCGGCGGUGUCAAGGAUCUCUACAUCCUCGCGCAGCAGGCAACGCAGGCAGCGGAAAUGGAGAUGCAGGACGCGUGCCUCAAGUACGACGACGCGGGUCGCCGCUUCGGUGCGCUCUGCCAGGUGGCUGCGCCCAACGUGUGCUCGGCCAUGUGCCGCUGCCUCGUCUUCCUCGAGUCGGAGAAGAACUCAGCCACGCGUCUCGUCCAGCGUUCGCGCCGCCUCUUUGAGCAAACCUGCGCCGCGCCGGCCAACCCCAAGGAUGAGUCGGACCGCAAGCACAAGCUUUUGCUCGAAGUCGUCUGCGCUUCCCAGGAUGCCGCCAGCUGCCUCAUCAACGCGUCGGAGGCCAAGCUCUCGGAGCUCAUGGUCCAGCAAGCUUCGGCCCAAGAAGCCGCUUCGAUGAUGAUGGGUCAACCGCACCCGUCCACUAGCAACAUCGAUAUGGUUCUGUAACACUACGACUAGGAAACCAAUAUCUAUUGAAUGAAUGUGUAGUACCAUCACCCUA